AGAAUCAUUCCUCUCUCUGCCUGCUCUGCACGAUCGAGACCCGAAGCAGGCCGCCGCCACUGCUGCCGACACAAUGUUCCUAACCAAGAGUCCACUGUUCAGCCGUAUCGCAUGCGGAUCGUUACAUCCGUCGGCGCGUCUCAUGUCCACCAAGCCUAUCCAGCAGCAGGUCGCUGCAAAAGCCCCAGCAGCGCCAUCGUCUGGACUGACGCCGACCACCAGCCCGGCCCCAGCCGAGACCGCUUCGCCAUUCCACCAGUUCACCACUGAGGACCCGGUCAUUGCUCAACUCGUCAACACGAUCAUGCGCGACGGCAAAAAGAACCUGGCUCGCCGCAUCAUCACCGGUGCCCUUGAGUUCAUCCAGAAGGAGACCAAGCAAAACCCGCGAGACGUUCUGAACGACGCCAUCGACAAAGCCUCGCCCCUCCUCAAACUCAAGUCCCAGCGACGCGGCGCCAAGGCUGUGAUCUCGCCACGCCCUCUGACUGUCAAGCAAAUGAAGCGCCAGGCCAUGAUCUGGAUCAUCCAGGCCGCCGAGAAGAGGAAGGAUGCCAAGACCUUUGCCGAAAAGCUUGGAAAGGAGAUGCUGGAUGUGACCAAGGACCAGGGCUCGGCCGUUGACAAGCGCAACCAAGUCCACAAGACCGCUCUGCAAAACAGAAGCAACGUUCUGAUGAUGGACCAGCGGCUUCGCAGAUAACUACCACCAAUACAUUGCUCGUCUUUCUCUCGAAACGAGCAGCCGGACUCUGCAAUCCGACCGUGCUUUGACACGGCGUGGGCGGGGCACUGUCGAGUUGCCGAGUUGCCGAGGUGUGCAAAUACUUGACCCUGCGGUGAUUUAGGCACCCGGAAACAACUGCAUACCCAAGGAUAUGGCUUCAUACCUAGAAUGUAACUCUGCGUCCC